CCCGCCCCGGGAGGAAGGGGAGGAGGCCGGGUGUUUCCUGGCGCAUUCCCGGCCCGCCCGAGUGACUCACUCAGCCAGGAAACUCCCAGAGCCUGACUGGGACCCCGGAGCCACCGCCGCCCCGACCCAGCAUCAUCUCCGUGACAGAGGCAAACAGAAUUAUGGUGGAAAACAUUUCCUGUGUUAACAUGCCAAGAUGGCGGCCCAGGUGACACUGGAGGAUGCACUGUCCAAUGUGGACCUCCUGGAAGAGCUGCCUUUGCCUGACCAGCAGCCCUGCAUUGAGCCCCCACCAUCCUCACUGCUCUACCAGCCAAAUUUCAACACUAACUUUGAAGACAGAAAUGCAUUUGUUACUGGUAUUGCAAGAUAUAUUGAACAGGCGACUGUCCAUUCUAGCAUGAAUGAAAUGCUGGAGGAGGGCCAAGAGUACGCGGUCAUGCUGUACACCUGGAGGAGCUGCUCUCGGGCCAUCCCACAGGUGAAAUGUAACGAGCAGCCUAAUAGAGUGGAAAUUUAUGAGAAAACCGUAGAGGUCCUGGAGCCUGAGGUCACAAAACUGAUGAAUUUUAUGUACUUCCAGAGAAAUGCCAUUGAGCGAUUCUGUGGGGAGGUGAGACGCCUGUGCCAUGCGGAGAGAAGGAAGGACUUCGUGUCUGAAGCCUACUUGAUCACGCUGGGCAAGUUCAUUAACAUGUUUGCUGUGCUGGAUGAACUGAAGAAUAUGAAGUGCAGCGUGAAGAACGACCACUCGGCAUACAAGAGGGCUGCUCAGUUUUUACGGAAAAUGGCAGACCCACAGUCCAUCCAGGAAUCACAAAAUCUGUCCAUGUUCCUGGCCAACCACAACAAAAUCACACAAUCGUUGCAGCAACAGCUUGAAGUGAUUUCUGGCUAUGAAGAGCUUCUCGCUGAUAUCGUGAAUCUGUGUGUGGAUUACUACGAGAAUAGGAUGUACCUGACACCCAGCGAGAAACACAUGCUUCUCAAAGUUAUGGGGUUCGGUCUAUACUUGAUGGAUGGAAGUGUCAGCAACAUCUAUAAACUUGAUGCCAAGAAAAGAAUAAACUUAUCCAAAAUCGAUAAGUACUUCAAGCAGCUCCAGGUGGUUCCACUGUUCGGGGACAUGCAAAUAGAACUGGCAAGAUACAUCAAGACCAGCGCCCACUAUGAGGAAAAUAAAUCUCGAUGGACGUGCACAUCAUCCAGCAGCAGCCCGCAGUACAACAUCUGUGAGCAGAUGAUCCAGAUCCGGGAGGACCAUAUGCGAUUCAUCUCAGAGUUGGCACGCUACAGCAACAGCGAGGUUGUCACAGGGUCGGGCCGCCAGGAGACUCAGAAGACAGACACUGAGUACCGGAAGCUGUUUGACCUGGCACUUCAGGGCCUGCAGCUGCUGUCGCAGUGGAGUGCUCAUGUGAUGGAAGUGUAUUCAUGGAAACUUGUGCACCCAACGGACAAGUACUCCAACAAGGACUGUCCCGACAAUGCUGAGGAGUAUGAGCGUGCCACCCGCUACAACUACACCAGUGAGGAGAAGUUUGCCCUGGUGGAAGUGAUUGCCAUGAUCAAAGGUCUGCAGGUGCUGAUGGGCAGGAUGGAGAGUGUAUUCAACCAUGCCAUCCGGCACACCGUCUAUGCUGCACUGCAGGACUUUUCCCAGGUUACCCUCCGGGAACCACUCAGGCAGGCCAUCAAGAAGAAGAAGAACGUCAUCCAGAGUGUCCUGCAGGCCAUCAGGAAGACCGUGUGCGACUGGGAGACGGGGCAUGAGCCCUUCAACGACCCAGCCCUGCGAGGCGAGAAGGACCCCAAGAGCGGCUUUGACAUCAAAGUACCCCGGCGCGCUGUAGGACCUUCCAGCACUCAGCUUUACAUGGUGAGAACCAUGCUAGAGUCCCUCAUUGCAGACAAAAGUGGUUCCAAGAAAACCUUGAGAAGUAGCCUUGAGGGGCCCACCAUAUUGGACAUAGAAAAAUUUCAUCGAGAGUCAUUCUUCUACACUCACUUGAUAAAUUUCAGUGAAACACUCCAGCAGUGCUGUGACCUUUCACAGUUGUGGUUCCGAGAGUUCUUUCUGGAACUGACAAUGGGCAGGAGGAUCCAGUUCCCCAUCGAGAUGUCCAUGCCCUGGAUCCUGACGGACCACAUUCUGGAGACCAAGGAGGCGUCAAUGAUGGAGUACGUCCUCUACUCCUUGGACCUGUACAAUGACAGCGCACACUAUGCCCUCACCAGGUUCAACAAGCAGUUUCUCUACGACGAAAUUGAGGCAGAGGUGAAUCUGUGCUUUGACCAAUUUGUUUAUAAGCUGGCAGACCAGAUAUUUGCAUAUUAUAAGGUUAUGGCAGGAAGUUUGCUUCUUGAUAAACGUUUACGAUCAGAAUGCAAGAAUCAGGGGGCAACAAUCCAUCUCCCACCGUCUAACCGCUAUGAGACCCUACUUAAGCAGAGGCAUGUGCAGCUCUUAGGAAGAUCCAUUGACCUUAAUCGGCUGAUUACUCAGCGUGUCUCAGCAGCCAUGUAUAAGUCUCUGGAACUGGCUAUUGGACGAUUUGAAAGUGAAGACUUGACAUCAAUAGUUGAGUUGGAUGGCCUUUUGGAAAUCAACCGCAUGACCCACAAGCUGCUAAGCAAGUACCUGACACUGGACAGCUUUGAUGCCAUGUUCCGGGAGGCCAACCACAAUGUGUCCGCGCCCUAUGGGAGAAUCACCCUCCAUGUCUUCUGGGAGCUCAACUAUGACUUCCUGCCCAACUACUGCUACAAUGGCUCCACCAACCGAUUUGUUCGGACAGUAUUACCAUUUUCUCAAGAAUUUCAAAGAGAUAAACAGCCUAAUGCACAACCCCAGUAUUUGCAUGGAUCAAAAGCUUUGAACUUGGCGUACUCUAGCAUUUAUGGCAGCUACCGGAACUUCGUGGGGCCUCCUCACUUCCAGGUCAUCUGCCGGCUGCUUGGCUACCAGGGCAUUGCUGUGGUCAUGGAGGAGCUACUGAAGGUCGUGAAGAGCCUGCUGCAAGGCACAAUCCUGCAGUACGUGAAGACACUGAUGGAGGUGAUGCCCAAGAUCUGCCGCCUCCCCCGGCAUGAGUAUGGCUCUCCUGGCAUCCUAGAGUUCUUCCACCACCAGCUGAAGGACAUUGUUGAGUAUGCGGAGCUGAAGACAGUGUGCUUCCAAAACCUGCGGGAAGUGGGCAAUGCUGUCCUCUUCUGCCUGCUCAUCGAGCAAAGCCUGUCUUUAGAAGAAGUGUGUGACCUCUUGCACGCAGCCCCAUUUCAGAACAUCCUGCCGAGAGUCCACGUGAAAGAGGGAGAGAGACUUGAUGCCAAAAUGAAAAGACUGGAAUCAAAGUAUGCACCACUGCAUCUUGUCCCUCUGAUUGAAAGACUGGGGACCCCUCAGCAAAUUGCAAUAGCAAGAGAGGGGGAUUUGCUGACAAAGGAGCGUCUCUGCUGUGGCCUGUCUAUGUUUGAAGUCAUCCUGACUCGGAUCCGGACCUUUCUGGAUGACCCCAUCUGGCGUGGGCCUCUGCCUAGCAAUGGAGUCAUGCAUGUGGAUGAGUGUGUUGAGUUUCACAGACUCUGGAGUGCCAUGCAAUUUGUCUAUUGUAUUCCUGUGGGAACCCACGAGUUUACAGUCGAGCAGUGCUUUGGCGACGGGCUCCACUGGGCUGGCUGUAUGAUCAUUGUACUUCUUGGGCAACAGCGGCGCUUUGCUGUCCUGGAUUUCUGCUACCAUCUACUUAAAGUCCAGAAACAUGAUGGCAAAGAUGAGAUUAUAAAAAAUGUGCCAUUAAAGAAGAUGGUAGAGAGAAUUCGCAAGUUCCAGAUUCUAAAUGAUGAAAUAAUUACUAUCUUGGACAAGUACUUGAAGUCUGGUGAUGGAGAAAGCACCCCCGUGGAGCAUGUUCGCUGCUUUCAGCCACCGAUCCACCAGUCCCUCGCCAGCAGCUGAGGACACGUACAUCAUGUUUUUGAAGAAUCCCAGUACUGACUGCAUUUAAUAACUUUUAAGGGCAUGUUUUCCUUUCCAU